CUCGCAGUCCCGGGCUGAGCAGGUGGCAGGAGCUCGGUCCCUGUGACAUUCCCAGGGUGCCAGGACAGCCAGCAUGACCACCCAGAUGUUCGAGGGCAAAGGGCAUGCAGCCGUCUACCAGAAAUACAGGUUUGCACCGGGCAUAGUACUGAAGCAGACCAUCCUCUCCUACCUGCAGGAAAAGAAGGCAAUCCCUGCAGAGCUGGCAGUGGAUGUGGGCUGUGGGUCUGGACAAGGCACCCAUUUCCUUGGGGAACACUUCAAGAAGGUGGUGGGCACGGACAUCAGCGAAGCACAGAUCCAGGAGGCCAAGGACACCCCCGGCAUGCCCAACAUCUCCUACCUCGUGUGCCCUGCAGAGGAGCUGCCGUUCCAGGACGCCUCCGUGGAUGUGCUGACAUCGUUCACGGCCGCGCACUGGUUCGACAUCGGCAAGUUCAUGCGGGAGGCUGACAGGGUGGUGAAGCCUGGCGGCUGCGUGGCCAUCAGCACCUACACCGUGGACAUGAGCCUGCGCUACGGGGACUGCUCCGAAAAACUCACCAAAGUCUUCAGGGAGUGCUGGGACCAGAUUUUAAAAUACUCACAUGAUAGACUAAAAUAUGUCUUGGACAACUACCAAGAGAUCUUUGAUGCCUUGCCCUUCUCAGACAAAAAGAGAGUCACUGAUAUCUACGACCAAAUUCCCAUGACUGUUGAGGGUGUGGUUGGUUACAUGGAGUCUUCCUCUUCAUAUCAAACCUUUAAAAAGAAUGACCCUAAAGCUGCAACAUCCCUCCUCCAAGAGACUGAAAAGAGGAUGCUGGAGACAAUGGGAGUUUCCUCUCGUGAGACCCCAGUGGAGUUCUGGGUGAGGCACGUCUGCGUGCUGGGCUGCAAGGGGCUCUGAGAGAGCAAACCUUUCUCCUGGUCUGGUGCUACAGUGGAAGGACAAGAUGGAUUGUCUCCCAAAAGCCUGCUCAUAACUGCUCUUACUCCUUGGGAAUGCUGGUGCUGAUUUUGCUAAUUGAAGUGUUGGUCUCCUGUGGAAAGCAGAUGGGGUUUUAUGCCCCUCAGGUUCCUGCCCACCUUGGUUGUGGAGUCUGCCCAGUGCUGCUCCCUCAGCACUGGAAGUGUCCCAUUGUGGACAUAUUACUGGUUUAAUAACCUGGGGAAGAGAAUCACAGCUGAGAAACUCACUGCAUUUCUUACACAGUUAAUAAUAAUUAAAAAUCAAGCUGAGAAAA